AUGAAGAACAAACGAGAACAAUCCGAGGACGCAGUGGACGGAGAGAAUGAUGCCAAGCGCCAGAAGGUGGUCGAACAAUCUGCGCCAUUCGAAAACCCUCUGCUGCCGCUCGCUUCCUACGACGACGACGAGGAGGAAGAGGAAAAUGGCAGAAAUGGCGGUACAGCUGUUAGUAACGGCGGAGGAGCCGAGCAUGACGGCAAGAACCGCCGCCGGCAAGAAGAAGACGGAGACGAAGAAGAAGAUGACGAUGAGGAUGAAGGAAAUAGAGCAGGGCAAGGCAGGCGAGGUCGUGCGAUUGAAGUGAGAAGGGACUGUCCUUAUCUUGAUACUGUCAAUAGACAGGUGUUAGAUUUUGACUUUGAAAGAUUCUGCUCGGUGUCUCUUUCGAACUUGAAUGUCUAUGCAUGUUUGGUUUGUGGUAAGUACUACCAAGGGAGAGGACAGAAGUCUCAUGCAUAUACACACAGUCUUGAAGCUGGCCACCAUGUUUACAUUAAUCUUCGAACAGAGAAAGUUUACUGUCUUCCUGAUGGAUAUGAAGUUAUUGACCCGUCCCUGGACGACAUACGGCAUGUGCUUAAUCCAAGGUUUACGAGAGACCAAGUUACACAAACUGACCAGAAUCGGCAUUGGUCCAGGGCACUUGAUGGAUCUGAUUAUCUUCCCGGAAUGGUGGGGUUAAAUAACAUCAAAGAGACUGAUUUUGUAAAUGUUACCAUUCAAUCUUUGAUGCGUGUUACUCCAUUGAGGAACUUCUUUUUAAUUCCCGAGAACUAUGCCCCCUGCAAAUCUCAACUUGUUCUUCGAUUUGGAGAGCUCACACGAAAGAUAUGGCAUGCAAGGAACUUUAAGGGACAGGUGAGUCCGCAUGAAUUUCUCCAGGCGGUUAUGAAAGCUAGUAAAAAACGUUUCCGCAUAGGUGCACAAUCAGAUCCAGUUGAAUUCAUGUCAUGGCUUCUUAAUACACUGCAUGGAGAUCUUAAGAGCAGAAAAAAGGGCAGCAGCAUCAUUCAUCAGUGCUUUCAGGGUGAGCUGGAGGUCGUGAAAGAAAUCCCCAGCAAGAAACUUGUUGAGAGAAAAGAGAAUGGGGACAAUCAGAACAAUGGGAAUGGAGAUGAUAGUGUGGAUAAUGUGAACUCGGAAACGAGCAAAAUGCCUUUCAUAAUGCUUGGGUUAGAUUUGCCACCGCCUCCACUGUUUAAGGAUAUCUUAGAAAAGAACAUUAUUCCCCAGGUUCCACUUUUUAACAUUUUGAAGAAAUUCGAUGGGGAGACUGUCACUGAAGUUGUUCGUCCUAGCAUAGCAAGAAUGAGAUACCGUGUGACGAAAUUACCUCAGUAUGUUAUUCUCCACAUGCGUCGGUUUACCAAAAACAACUUUUUUGUGGAAAAAAAUCCAACCCUUGUUAAUUUCCCUGUGAAGAAUCUCGAACUGAAGGAUUACAUCCCUCUUCCCACACCACGCAAUGAGAAUGAAAAGCUGCGGUCGAAGUAUGACUUAAUUGCGAAUGUAGUUCAUGACGGUAAGCCAGGUGAAGGAUCCUAUAGAGUGUUUGUGCAACGGAAGUCAGAAGAGUUGUGGUACGAGAUGCAGGAUCUUCACGUGUCUGAAACAUUGCCCCAGAUGGUUGCCCUCUCCGAGGCAUACAUGCAGAUAUACGAGCAGCAGCAAUGA